CCCUGUGGACAUGAAGACUUUGGCCAUCGCUGUCGCCCUCGUGGCGUUUGUCGCUGUCGGUGUGAGCGGUGAUCCUGAAGCUGAUGCUGAGCCCAGCCGCUAUGGAGGCGGCUUUGGAGGCCAUGGACUCGUCUCUUACAGACCCGUUUACAGAAGCUACGUCGGACGCUGGAAGAGGAGUGCUGGCUGCGAGCCUGUAGCUGAGGCUGAGGCCGAGGCUGAUCUCUCCCGCUUCGGAUACGGCUAUGGCGGCUAUGGGCACGUGUCCUUCAGGCCGGUGUACAGCAGCUACGGUUACGGACGCAGGAAGAGGAGUGCUGAGGCUGAGCCCGGAUUCAGCUUCGGUCGCAGCUUCGGAGGUCACGGCCGCUUCGGAGGUUACAGGGGCUACGGCGGAAGCUUUGGGGGACAUGGUCGUUUCCAUGGCUGAAACAUUUCUACGGUUUCUACGGUUGAAGGAUCCCUUUUGUUCAAGAUGAAUAAAGCUGGAUAAUUUCC